AAAACCAUCUUCAAUGUUUCUGUCUUAGGACAUCGGUUGUUUAUAAUACUAGUAUAUUGACAAUAAUCUUUUCACUGUAUGAAAGCUCAAUCGAUGUUAAUUCACUUUUUGCAAUUCCAUCUCCAGCAGGCUACGUUCUUAUCUCAGCAAAUAAACGGACUCAAGUUUGGUUGAAAUUAUCUUAAAUAAAAAAAUGUGUAUCAAUCUAUGCAUUUAUAUGGUGGCCCGCUUAAUUAAUGGAUAAAGAUUGGACAUUUUUUUAUUUUCGAUAAGCAUUUUGCCAAUGGAUUAAGCGAUAAAAUUUUAAUACAAACAGGACAGAAGAGAGGAUAUUUGCUUAACCCAUUUCAAGUAAAGUGAACAAUGUUAUAAUAUGGGAAUUUCGUUUUAAUGAACAACAAAAAUAGAUAUUUGGUACUCAUCGCCUUAUUCACGAAAUGGAGCGUAAAAUAAGACAUUAGGGUAAAUAACGCAUAAGGUAGUUCGGGUAACGAAGGGAGAUAUAAUAUAUAGACAAAUUGGAGAAUGAUAUACCAACGUGAAUUAUCACUUAAUUUAAUCAUAUUGAUAUCAGGAACAAAAUAAGAAAACAUUUAAGCAAUAAGGUAUUGAUCAGCACGGGAAAUGCAGUGAUGCAUGAUUAAAUGAUGCACGAGAACAUGACACAUACAGGACACAUGCCUCCUGGAGGGAUAACACAUGGUCAUAUGGCGCACGGAAACAUGGAAAGCGGUCACAUGACUCAUCGAGGGAUAACACAUAAACACAUGACGCAUGAGAACAUGGAAAGCGGCCACAUGACAAAUGGAGUGAUAAAACAUGGACAAGUGGCGCACGGGAACAUGGUUUUUAGCGCUUCAUACCAGAGCGAUUUCAUCUUAAAAGAUGUAAAGAUUUCCACUGUUGGCGGUAUAGUAGGAGCUAUGUUAGUCGUGAUUCUACUGGCAACCUUUCUCGAGGGAUUCAAACAUUGGCUUUACAUUCGACAGAGAAAUGGACCAGACCACACUCAAGUUAAAGGGAAAUCAAGACAAUUCACUUCCUUUUGGAACAACAUUGCUCGUAUUACUGCUUCACUACAAAAGAUGUUAACGGUGACCGUCGGGUAUCUUUUAAUGCUGUGUGUCAUGACAAUGAACGUGUGGAUGCUGGUUUCUGCCGUACUUGGCGCUGGAAUAGGCUACUUACUCCUACGUCCUGCUGUAAGUGCAUGCUUUGCCAUGAGAAGGACCAAGCAUGAAAGCAAUGAAAUAGGGAAACGUGAGGAAAUGAGCUUGGUGAAACAUUGAAAGGACACAGAUGUAAAAUACAUUGACAAAGAUUGCAUUUUCUUUCAUGCUUUACGAUGAAAUAUGGGGUUUUAACAGUGAAAUAACAACAGUGAAAAUAUCAAUUUGAUAUUUUCACUGCAAAAUAAGGAGUGAAAAUAUCAACUUUCAGAACUACUUUUAAAUUCCUUUGUUGUUACAUGUACCUGCCUUGAUCAAAACAGAACACUGGACUUCAGUAAAUUAUGUAAAAAAAUGUUAAAAAAGAAAUAAAGAAAUGUUU